AUGCUCCUCUGGGCAAGCACAACACCUUUACAACCCAAAAACCUGUUACCAACCACGGGGACAUUGCUCCAGACUUGGAGGCAAACUACCCCUCGACUCCUCAAGGAGAAUGACCUACUCCUUGAAGCACCACUUCAGGCCUUGGCUGCCCAUACGUCAAACCUGCAGCUAGAAAACUGGCUUAGCCGGGGGAUCUCUGGGGUACGUUCCUUGUUGACCCAAGAGGGUAUCAAACCAUUCCCUGACAUGGUCAGGGAUUUUCAUAUUCCAUCCAGGGAACUAUUCACCUAUCUGAGACUAAAGAAUAUCAUACAGGAAAGCAGGAUUAUCUUGAAAGAGUCUAAUCUCAUAUCACCAUUUGUACAUAAAUGUACGGGGAAGCUUCCCAAAGUGAAAGCACUAUCCCUCUGCUACAAUACACUUCUUACACAAUACACGGCAACAAAACCCUCCUAUAUGACAAACUGGGAAUUGGACCUGGGACUGCAUUUCCCAGUAGACACGUGGCAUCGGGCUCAGAAGCUAACAAAGCAGGCCUCACAUAGCCUUAAUCAGUGGGAAACGUACUGCAAACUAACCAUGCGCUGGUACCUGGUCCCCAACAAAUUGGCCCACAUAUAUCCAGGAGCGAACAAAAUAUGUUGGAGAUGUCACAAUCAAGAGGGGUCCCUUUACCAUAUAUUUUGGAAAUGUACACAGAUCACAUCAUUAUGGCAAGACAUCCACACACUUUUUUGCAAAAACCUAGGGAUCGGGGUACCUCCGACACCAGAAUGCUUUUUAUUACACAUCUUCCCAGACAACCUCCACGAAGAUGAAAGCUACUUAAUGAUCCACUGCCUCAUGGCAACUAAAACAGCGAUUGCCCAAAAGUGGAAAUCCACACAAGCUCCCACGCUAUCAGAGAUUUUAGGUAGACUAGAUUCGUUUUAUAAUUACGAGCGCAUGGCAAGUCGCAUCACUGAGAGGCAGAGUAGACAUGAAACAAGGUGGCGCAGAUGGGUGGAUUAUAGGUACGGUAAAAUGUAA